AUGCCACCGCUCUUCCUCCCUCCAGGCUACGGUCACGAGCGCUCGCCGUCACCUCCGCCGCCGCGACCAAUGGCCUUCGCCAUCCCGACUGUGGACCCCUCCCUCCCGUGCUCGGCCACCGUCCCGGUCGUCCGCGUCGCUGCAUGCUCGUGCGGCUUCUUUCAUCUCACUAGCCACGGUGACCCGCACGACACCGUCGCCUCCUCCGUCGCCGCCAUGCGGGCGUUCCACGAGCAGCCCAUCGCCUCCCGCUCGCUGUGUUACUCGCUAGCACCCGUAGGAGGCGUCACCUACUCCACCAUCCCCAUCCAACAGCCGCCGCCGCUGCUGUCGAAGGCCGUCGGUCGCAGCGGUGGAGGUGGCGGCGAGCGCGCACGGCCGUAG